CCGAGCUUGUAAACCUUGACAAGUCAAACCUUGAGUGCAUACGCCUUGUGCAUGACAUGAAGGGAAUGGUCCGACCUUUCCGAACACCAUAUAAAUGGAAGUCCAGAUCCAUAAAUAUCUGCGUUCAAUGCUGACCUAGUAUGCACAAGUCCUCAAUCUCGAAUUCACGCCGCCAACAUGGCCUCUCUAGCGACAAUCCCAGCAAGCAGUGAGGCGCCUCAUAUCGAGCUCGACCGUGAAGAUUCUCCAGUAGUGUCACAACCAGCGGUCGCAACCAAUAGACAACACGUCUUGAUCAUAAUCGCAUCGACGACGCUGGUCUUUACAGUAUGCGGGAUCGGCUUUGCCUUCGGCGUCUACCAAGAUGUCUAUGAAACCCUGUCUCACGACUCGUCAUCUCCAUUCUACGGCUCGUCGCCAGCCAUGAUCGAUCUCAUAGGCACGCUUGCGAUCUCACUCAUGACCAUCGGCGCUCCAUAUGCGACUGCGUGGACCAAACGCUUCCCUCCCCAAUACGUCAUCUGGGCUGGUGGUGUCAUCUUCUCCUUGUCUUUGCUCAUGGCCUCCUUUUGUCAGCGCAUGUGGCAGUUUGAACUCACGCAGGGUCUACUCUGCGGUAUAGGGACCUGUCUAGCCUACAUGCCUGCCGUCACCGUGGCACCGACAUGGUUCACCGCUAGGCGAGGCCUUGCCAUGGGCAUAAUUCUUUCAGGCACCGGCAUCGGAGGCGUCGUCUGGGCACCACUUCUUCACGCAAUCAUCACCAGAACUGGCUUUCGGAACUCCCUACGCAUUUCUGGAGCUGUCGCCUUCGUGCUCGUCACAGCCGCCGGAUCUGUCAUGCGCUGGGAACCUGUGGCACAACGUCGGAUCAACGCCGAAGCACGGCAUCCGCCGGGGGUAGUCGGACUGUUCAAGGUACCCUUGGUCGACUAUCGCAUCGCUCGGUCCCGCAAGUUCGGCGCCCAAGCACUCGGCGCGGCGCUACAGUCUGCCGCAUACUAUACCCCAGUCUUCUUCUUUGCCUCGUACGCAAGAACUCUGGGCUACUCCUCGGCCACCGCAUCGAAUUUCAUUGCGCUGUCCAAUGCUGCAAAUGCCAUCGGCAAGAUCGUCAUUGGCCAUGCAGCAGACAGGGUCGGCCGUCUCAAUGCACUAUUUCUCACUACAGCGUUUUCAGCAGUCGCUGCACUCGGCCUCUGGGUACCAUCUUCGUUCUCUUCGACCCAGGCUGACGGCCGCAACCUCUUCAUCGCCUUUACCGUGCUGUAUGGAAUCUUCGCGUCGGCAUAUGUCUCACUGUUCCCAACUUCUCUGAUUGAGCUGUUUGGAGUUCAGAACUUUGCUUCUGUGAACGGCGUUUUAUACAUGGUACGAGGCUUGGCCACAAUGCUCGGAACGCCUGUGGCUGGUGCACUCAUUAGAAGCUCACAUCACGGUGGAGGACCGGCACCCUACCAAAGUGCCACCAUUUUCGUAGGCGUGUUACUUGCAUCUGCAACUCUAGCUGUACUUUGGGUCAGACUCGAGGCUACCGUUGGCAUGUUGAGAGACGGAGGAGCGAGAUGGAAGCUGUAAUUUUAUCGAAUUAGGAGAAUGAACAGAUUCUGCUCCCAAAUCACGCAUGCCGGUGCUUCGGGUAAAGGCGUGUACCUAUAGAAGUCGUAUUUGUAGAACACCAAGAACUGCUUCCCGAAAGAAGAAGAAAGGCUUUGAUUUUCGAGGAAAGGGGGGGAAUGUUUAGAAUUGUGAAAAAGCUUUUGGUCUUUUUGCCGAUGAAGUCUUUCGUGGAGAAGGGCAUAAAAUGAGGGCCAGAGAUGCCAGUUGGCACAAGGCUGAGAUGAAAACUCAAUCACGUGACAAGGCUGAAUUGGAUUUCUUGGCACGUUGAAGGUCAAUCGAGCUCCGAAACAACUUUCGCAUCUGCAGU